AUGCCAACCCAGCUCCUACCCAACCCGACAUCAACGAAUACAGCCGUGAACCUGGGACAUCUCAAACUGUUCCACCACUUCCAGACAUCCACGCAGCAAACCCUCUUGCUCGGCCCCGAUGUUUGGUCAUAUACGAUUCAGCUGUGCUUUCAGUUUGAUUUCUUGAUGGACGCCAUCUUGUGUAUCGCUGCUCGACACCUGGCCGUCUUGCAGCCACACGAUCCGACAUAUCCAACAGCGGCGACCAGCCAUCUGUGCCGUGCGUUAUCCCAAUUUCGCACCGCACUCUCUAAAGAUUUGACCUCGACUCAUAUUGAUACUUUCAUCGCUACUUCGCUCCUGCUUCAAUACGAACUAUGGACUAAUGCUGACAUAACCUCGCCGCCAGAAGAUGCUGGCGAGAUCGCCUUUGAUCAACCGCCAAGAGACCACCUAUUCACGUUCUGUUCUAGUUUAAAGCAGGUCUUUUUAAAGGGCAUAUCUGUCAAGUCCGGUCAGCUCUCCGUCAUUCUACCCCAGCUUCGACACGAUCCAAAGGAUGCUCUUGUGCAAGCUGCUCGGAUCAGCUGUGACACCAUUGAUCAGUGUCAAAGCUUUUUCUCCUGGGAUCGUCCAAUUAGCCCGGAUUUACUUGAAAUAUCGUUCCCAUACCAACGAAGUCUGUAUUCAGUCAUUUCAAAUGUAUGGCAAAGUCACGUCCCUCGACUAUCAGCGGACACGACUAAUCCCGUUGAGGAUGGAUACGUGCCCGUCAUCACUCAACUUUGCCUCAUACUAUCUUUUCUUCCUGAGACACGACCACCGGAAUUGGUCAACGUAGAUUCAAGUCUAUUUUCAGCUCUGUCAAGGUUCAUCCUUUCGUUUCCUAUUGCUUGCCAUGGCCCGUAUAUCUCGAUGGUCCAGGAAAGCGACCCACACGCUCUAGUCUUGCUCUAUCACUUCUAUCGUGCUGUCAGAAUCCUCAUGCCCCUGGACAAAUGCUGGUGGGCACAUACACGUGCAGUAGCGUCUGAGCGAGCUUUAAAGGCGUGGUUGAUCAGAGAGAGCGCUAAAUAUGUUGACACCUUUUUCAAGGAGACAAAAAAAAAUAUAGCCAGUGCUGCACGUGGUACUUGGGAGUCUGUCGCAAUGAGUACAGUAGCUCAAAAGGCUCGGCCUCAAUAUAAGGAUAAAAAGACUAUUCCGCCAUGGGUAUCUUUGUUGUCUGGGGCAACGGCUGGGGCUGUGGAAGCUACAAUCACGUAUCCAUUCGAAUUCGCCAAAACUAGAGCUCAACUACGGUCGCAACAAGGCGCGAUGGAGAUGCCCAAAAAUCCGUUCACGCUGAUAUAUCAAGUUGCCAAACUUGAGGGCCCGGCGGCUUUGUACACUGGCUGCUCGACAUUAGUUGUGGGAACGGCGGCAAAGGCUGGAGUUAGAUUUUUGUCUUUUGACAGCAUCAAAAACCUACUUUCGGACGAAGAUGGCUCGCUGUCGACCGGCAGAGGCAUUCUGGCAGGCAUGUGUGCUGGUGCCACUGAGAGCGUUCUGGCAGUAACACCGACGGAGCGCAUCAAAACGGCAUUGAUUGAUGAUGCCAAGUCGCCGAAUAGGCGGUUUCGCUCGAGUUUGCACGCAACUAGGACGCUGAUCCACGAGAAUGGCCUGGCCGAUAUUUACAAAGGCUGCGUGUCAACGACCAUGAAACAAAUGGCUACAUCGGCUGUACGGAUGGGCUCUUACAAUUUUCUCAAAGAGACAGUGAAAAAGUACGAUAUGCCCACAACAGCGACGACAACGUUCGCCAUGGGCGCGCUCGCCGGUACGGUCACCGUCUAUGCUACCCAGCCAUUCGAUGUCGUCAAAACAAGAAGCCAAAGUGUACAAGGCGCCCCCUUGGCAGAAGCCGUAGGCGGAAUAUUCCAGGAUUUUGGAGUAAAGGGCUUCUGGAAGGGGAGUACGAUGAGGCUGGGGCGCUUGAUAUUGAGUGGGGGUAUCGUGUUUAGUGUGUAUGAGCAGGUGGCAUCUGUCUUGAUGGGGACAUAG